AGAAUAAAAAAGAAAAACAACAUUUAUUAUCAUAUAAAACGAUACAGGACUUUCUUUCGUGUAAACGUUAAUUUGCGUAGACAAUGUUUUUACCGUUAUAAGUUCCGUUACCGACUUAUAGCUUAUAUUUUCGUAUCAUCAACAAACAAGAAACUAAUAUACCCUUCUUCCUUUCCGAAAUAGAGUAUUUCCCUUAGUGACAGCCGCUGUCAGAGACGGCAACAAUUGCUUGACAAAUUAAAUUAUGUCUCAGGUAAGAUCAGGUAUUUACCUCUCCAAAGAGCACCCGAAGCGUCAGCCCAAGCCACAGGCACCCAAAGGUUGCUGCUGCAAGCGCUCGCAAUGCAUCAAGAACUACUGCGAUUGCUAUCAGUCCAUGGCCAUUUGCUCCAUCUACUGCAAAUGCGUUGGCUGUCGCAAUACUCAGGAGCGGCUGGCGGUGGCGACGCCGCCUAAGAAAACUGCAUUGGCGGCCAAACGGGAACGAGCCGCCGCUCUAAGUGCCAAGGCAGCGGCUGCGGCCGCCAAGGCGGGCAUCAAUAUCCAUUUGAAACCGGCUCCUGGCUCGGCUGCUUUUGCUGGACAACAAUUUGGGGUGGGUGCUCCGCCACCCGCUGCUGCUACGCCGUCACAAAUCCUACAGCUGCCCGACCUGGAUAUUGAGACCAUCAUCACAUUGCCACCACCAAAUGUGGCUUCUGCUGCUACAGUCAAGAAGCUGCAGCUGCCACCGGCAAUGGGGCAAUCGCUCUUCACCAGUCAGCCGUUGACGCCACCAAAGGAGGUGAAUAUGUGCAAGCAGCCAGUGAAUGUGGCGCUGCUCGAGUGCGUCCUAGUGCAAGCUGCUGAAGCGGAGGAGCUAGGCCUCACCGAAGUGCAGGUGGGCAAACUAAUACUCCACGAAUUCUCGCGCGGGCUGCAGGCCAUCAUAAAGGUCUAUGAGGCUUGAAAAUAGAUUUACUUGUUUGCUUUUAUUUACAAAAUAUACAAAAUAACUUAUAGACUAUAAUUCGAAUUCUUAAUGAAAUAUAUAACAAUAAAUGUA